AUGAAUAUAACAGACAAGUUAAACUCAAUAGUCAAUUAUCUUACGACUAUUCGUAUUUAUAGAGACCCCCAAAGAGUAAAGAAUGAUACAACAGAAGUAUUUAGAUUUUUCCCAAACCUACAACCUUGUUGUGCACCAUAUAAUAGAGGAGGUCAUAUGGUAACAUUAAUAUAUUUAAAGGGUACAAUACCUAUUGUUUAUCAAAAUGUAACAUAUUAUAUACCAGUGGUUGUAUGGAUACCAGAGACGUAUCCAUAUGUGCCACCAGUGGUGAUGCUCGAUCCAACACCAGAGAUGGAGAUUGUAAAGAAUCAUCCACAGGUCAGUGACAAUGGAAUGUGUCAUCAUCAAUACUUGUCGAGUUGGACAUGGCAAUCAAAUAUUAGUCAAGCAGUAAAGUACCUAUGUGAUGUAUAUAGUGGUUACCCACCAUUGGUUUCAAAGAGUAAACCAGCUCCUCCACCACCUAUCCCUCUUGAUCCAAAUAGAGAUAGUCCUCCUCCAUAUGGAUCAUCACCUUCAACAAAUGGUGGAGGCGGUGGGAACUAUAGCAAUUGGAAUCAACCACCACCAACUUAUCAAGAAUCAAUUCAAAAUCAACAACAAUAUCAAGGACAAGGACAACAACAACCACCUCCACUUCCACCAAAACCACAAUCACCAUCACCAUCACAACAACAACUAUUAAGAGAAAGAGAACAACAACAAAAAAAAGAAAUAGAACAAAGAGAACAAUUGCAAAGAGAAAGAGAACAACAACAACAAAUAGAAAUAGAGACACAAAGAGAAAAGCACCAACGUGAUGAAGCUUUGAUGAAAUGUACAGAAAAGUUGCAAAUACUUUUAUCUCAAUUCUACGAUACCUCUUCCAAGGCUAUCGAAGACUAUUCGGAAAACAAUGUCCUACUCGCCAAACAGAGAGAACAUCUCGAAAAGGAAAAGGAGACACUCAAAAAGGAUACCGACUAUUACCAAGGUUUGAUUCAAAGCACAACCGAUCAAAUCGACAAGUUGAGCGUUUGGAUCAAAGAGAAUGAGAGCAAAGACGAUAUCGACAUUGAUGUUGUCUCUUCACCCAAGGACCCACUUUCCCGUCAACUUCUUACCCUAGUGUCUGAAGAUGCUACCAUCGAGGACAUGUUGUACUAUUUAGACAAGGCGUUACACUCGAAUCGUAUCACUCUUGAAGAGUAUCUUAAAAAUGUUAGAUCACUUGCUCGUGAACAAUUCAUGAUCAGAGCCACCAUUAAAAAGUUCAAACUCAUUUAA